AUGGAUCUACCAAUCCUACGGAGAAUUGCAGAAGAUUUCGAUUGGCCUCCUUUAAAUAUUUAUGUUUACCCAUUAAAUCGAUUUCCAGCAAAAUUUCAAUCUCGAACAAUAAAUCCGCGAUAUACAGUCGAAAAUGAACUUUUCAAAAUCAUUAAAAACUCUACAUUAAACUAUGAUAAUCCAAAAGAAGCUGAUUUAUUCUUAGUUCCUAUUUCAAUUUCAGAAUUAUCAAUAGAAGAUUUUUUUAGUCUGAUAGAACAUCUUAAAACACUUGGACCGUACUAUAAAGAGUAUAAUGGCGCCAAUCAUAUAUUUAUUCAGUCGAAAUAUCCUUCGAAUUCAACAGGAAUAACGAAAACUACAUUUUUAGAGCAUCCUGGUCAUAUUUUGACAGAAGGAUUUGUAGUUGAAGGAGAGAGUGUUAAGACUUGGGUGUUUGCAAAGAAUAUUGUGCUCCCGUUACAUCCAUUUACAAAAUUCGUUGACGAUGUUUCCACAAAGAUUGAUAAAGUAGCUGUUGACGUAUCAACAGACAAUUGUACACCAGAAAAUGCAAAAAUUAGGCGCCAAUUAAAAGAUGCACUUAUAGAAAAUUCAGAGUUUGAUAUUUACAAAACAAAAGAAGAAGCAAUAGCUGGAAUUGAAACUCACAGGUUUGCAAUUGUAUCUGCAUGCGAAACUCCAAUGGCACAACAGUUUUACGACGCAUUAAAUUCAUUAACAAUUCCUAUUGUAUAUAACAACGCAAUGCGUUUUCCUUUUGAAAGCGAACUAAUUGACUACACAAAAUUUGUUGUUCAUCUUGAUGAGAAUUCACCUGAAAAAGCAAUUUCUGUUCCAUCAAAGCUUCGUGGAUAUAUAAAUGAGAUUUUGCCUGCAAUGAAAGAAGCCCGAAAGAUGUUGACGUUAUCUUCAAACGAUGGUGAGUAUUUAUGGGCUUUAUCAUGGUCAUUAUACAUGAAAUUACUUUCAUGGCUUCCAACAAGAAGAACAAAGAUCAUUGAUGACAUAUUUAGAGAACCUAAUGUAUUUGGAGCCGCUUAA